GUUAGCAAUUCCAAGUCUCGGUAAUGUUGAAUUGUUAUUUUGAAAUCUAUUAACAUGAUGUUAUUUACAUCCUUAUUAUUCACCAUUCAUAUUAUUAGUUCAACAAUGGAAAGUCUGCAAUGCCCCUAUAGAUGCGAUUCGAAGGAAAAAUGGAACCCAACCGAACUUUGUGUUAAAAUGGAACCGUUGGAAGGACCAAUAACUUAUAUUCCAAUGCUUGCAUGCGCGAUGAUGGAUUUCCAAUGUCAAGUAGGGGUAAAAGCUAAAUUGUCAAGUGUUGAAAAGUCAAAGUGUACCGCUCGAAUGAGAGUGAAAAGAGAGGCUCCCGUUGCAAACAAUGUCGAAGAAGAUUACCAAGUUACAGAAAGCAUGACAAGUCCUAAAGAAGAGUGCCCCGACGAAUGUCCUAAAACCAGCGGUAUGGUGUGCUCGCGAUGCAACCACGGCGUCUACCGGUCCUUCCUCAGCGACUGCCACAUACGGAUGUACCAGUGCCGGCAUCCAGCUGAUAGACUAGAGUUGGUCUCGCGACAUUCGUGCUACGGUUCAGCACCGUACAUAAUGGAUGGAAAUCGAACCCAGGACGAGGACGUUCACAAGGGUUGGUACUUUAAGGCCCCAGUACCCAGUGGAGCGGAUUGCCGGAACACCAGCACAGGCUUAGUUUGCGGGCCCUGCCCGCCCGGCACGGAGGCCGACGGGCGCAACUGCCGACCCGUCACCUGCGACAGGCGACCGUGCAGUAAUGGUGAAUAUUGCAAGGACACGGCGGAAGGUUUCCGGUGCGCGCGGUGCCCUGGUAAUCAGACCAGCGACGGACGAAUUUGCCACACCGCCUGCAGUUUCAAACCCUGCUUCGGAGGACACGUGUCUUGUCAAAACUUGCCCGACGGCGGAUAUCGCUGCGGGCCAUGUCCGCCCGGUUACCACGGGAACGGCGAGCAGUGCUACAGGAGGCAGUGUUCGAAGAUCCAGUGUUUUAAAGGUUAG